UAAAUCUGCACAUUUUAAUGGCUUUUCAAUAUUGAAAGUGCUAUUCAUUUUGCUGUGUGAUUGUUUAAUGGGACACUUAUACAUAAUUGAACACCUGACGCUGUUCUCCCUUUCUCUUUUUUUUCCAGAACAAAUUAUGACAUCGACAUCAAAAGGAAUUUUUCGGCCAUUUUUAAUUAUCCUCUUUGUCCUGGGUUGUUUCAUGGCAUUUCUGCUUAUUUACAUCAAACCAACAAACAGCUGGAUCUCUGGUCCUAUAGAGUCUGCCAGCUCAGUUUUGAAAAUGAAAAGCUUCUUUUCUCCAAAAAAUGAUAAUUUUAAUGAAACUACUAUAUUGAUCUGGGUUUGGCCCUUUGGUCAGACAUUUGACCUUGCAUCCUGUCAAACAAUGUUCAACAUCCAAGGGUGCCAUCUGACUAUUGACCGCUCAUUAUAUAACAGAUCCCAUGCCGUUCUCAUUCACCACAGAGACAUCAGCUGGGAUCUGACUAAUUUACCUCAGCAAACUAGACCACCAUUCCAGAAAUGGAUCUGGAUGAACUUGGAGUCUCCAACUCACACUCCACAGAAGAGCGGCAUUGAACACCUUUUCAACUUGACCCUGACUUACCGACGUGAUUCAGAUAUUCAGGUGCCUUAUGGCUUCAUGAUGGUUAGUACAACUCCAUUUACAUUUGAAGUCCCAAGCAAAGAGAAGCUUGUGUGUUGGGUUGUAAGUAACUGGAACCCUGAGCAUGCUCGAGUCAAGUAUUAUAAUGAGCUUAGCAAAUACAUUGAAAUCCAUACCUAUGGGCAAGCAUUUGGAGACUAUGUGAAUGAUAAAAACUUGAUUCCAACUAUCUCCACUUGUAAAUUUUACCUUUCCUUUGAAAACUCAAUCCACAAAGAUUACAUUACGGAAAAACUGUACAAUGCUUUUCUUGCUGGGUCUGUACCAGUGGUACUGGGCCCAUCCCGAGAAAACUAUGAGAAUUAUAUUCCAGCAAACUCUUUCGUACAUGUGGAAGAUUUUCUUUCCCCCAGAGAGCUAGCAGAGUAUCUGCUGAUGCUUGACAAAAAUAACAAACUGUAUCUUAGCUACUUUAACUGGAGGAAGGACUUCUCAGUGCAUCUUCCCAGGUUCUGGGAAUCACAUGCAUGCCUUGCUUGUGACCAUGUAAAAAGACACCAGGAGUACAAGUCUGUUGGUAACUUAGAAAAAUGGUUUUGGAAUUAAACUUUUACCCCUUUGUGCACUUUAUGGAAGAAGCUGACCAAAUCAUCAGUCUACGCAUACAUGGAGGGGUUGGAGAAGAGAACUUUCUGUGUUUUAUGUCACAGUUUAUCAACUAUCUUCUCUUGGUAUCUUAUUUAUAUUUGUCAGAGACUUUAAAAGCUCAACAUCAGCAGUCAUUAAAACUCAGUUUUCAAUUACAAUGUAUAUAGCUAAUUAUGUGCACUGAAGAAUAAUUUAUUGUUUACUAUAAUUUUUAAAAAAGGUUUUUCACACUUUCUGUAGAAUAUCUGUCCCAGUCCUAACACAUGAAGUAGUGAUUUUUUAACAUUGUGUUUUUACAUUAGGUUAGAAUAGCUGUUUAACUUGUUUGGAAAAUGAAGACACAAAUCUUGAAAUAGAGAAUUUUAAUGAAAUAAUUUACUGGUUUAGUUUGAAAAUUGUAUAUUAUUUCAAAAGACAGUGAUGUUUGUUAUGUUUGAAACUCUACCCUCUUAAAUUCUAAGAACACUUUAAAACUGAACACAUAGUGUUAUUCAAGGAUUAGGAGCUGACUUUAUAGGAUCUAUGAAUUUAGAAAUGUAACUUUAAAAAAGUUCUUACAGUAUAAGAGAGCCUCUGGUUUCUAAACAGGAAGAUGUCAGUCUCCUAACAUUAACAUAUUUUGAAAGUAUAUUUAUCUUCUUUACAUGAAGUAUUGAAGUGCUAAGGAAAAUCAAGCUCUGGCUCAUCCAAGGUGCAAAGCAAAUGCUUAGAUUUAAUUUAAGCAAGUGCUUAAAUACAGUUGGGAUUUUUGUUGUGUUUUCUUGAAUCAGGGCAGCAACAGGUGAUGUUAUUUCAAUAAGUUAAAUUAUACUUGCUUGAUCACUUUCAUCUUUAUAACUAGAGCUCUGCUAAUAAUCAUAAUUAUUAAAAAUAAUUUUAUUUAGAUGAUUUACUAAUGUUUAUAUAUUUGGGAAUUAUUCAUCCAACUCUAAAAGACUUCUUACAAGUUUCAUUGAACUUUAAUCAUAGAUGGGGUACAUACUGAGGUGGGUGAAUAAUGACAACAAAUAUUACUUGAACAUUUUUAUUAGAAAAAAUGAUGGAAUUCAUUGAAUAAACUUUAGGGUAAUAUUAGUCAGCCAGCUCUACUGAUCAUAUAAGCAGUUAUUUAUUUUCUCCUUUAAAAGUAUGUAAUAUGACAUAUGUAAACAAAAGUACUCAUUGGAGCAAUAGAUACUAUCAAGUUUUGAAAAUAAGCAUUAUAUUUCAUAAAUAUUAUGUUUUUCUGAUAGAAAAUACUCAAAUAUAAUUUUGCCAUUAUCAUUUUAAAUGUGCCUGUUAAAAUGUGAAUCAUCUGAGUUCAUGAUCCUUUGACCUUCAGCAGCUAAGAUUUAAAACCUGAGUACUAUAUAGAGUCAUGGAUGUGGUGUUGGUUUAAUAAUGCAUAUUUCAGGGCUAUGAGAUGGACUACAUAAUUUUAAAUGGCAAAAUAUGCUUACUAUACACAGUUUCCACUAACUUUCAGGCAAGUCUUAGCACUAAGCCUUUUGUAUUUUGGGAUUACCUAAAUUAUAUUUGAAUUUGUGAAUUUCUGAAUAUAUAUUUUUAAAGCUGCAGAAAGGAGCAGAGGAGCCUAAAAGGAAUUGCCUGUUGAAAGAAAAAUGUUUUUAAAGGAAAAUUCUGAAAGGCAAGAUUCUCAAUUGGUGUAAAUUAGCAUAUUUACAUUGGCAGUUACCAGCCGAAUAUCUAGUGCAAACUGCUCAGACCCAUGCAUUUAAUUUUCCUAAGAUAAGGAAAGUGCAUGCAGAAAUCCUGUGGUAUGCCCAAAAGAAUGGAAGAUUCCCUUUAUGUCUGUUUUAAUCUAAAGUAUUUCCAGCCAUUAAUGUCAGGUACAAAAAGAGGCCAAAUGUAGAAAAAGAAGACAGUACAAAUAUUCGCACUGGCUAAAGUUCUACUUGAAUAAUCUUUUAGUCCUGUCCAGAAAAAGUGCUUAAGCAUAUGCCUUGCUUUAAGCAUGUGUGCUUUCCAGGAGCAGAAAGCGAUAGUUAGUCUGAAGUCAGACAGAAGACAGGGUAGAGAUGCACCUUAUAGACUAACUGAAUCAGACACACACAGCUUUUUUGUACUGGGGCUCACUUCAUCAGAUUCACUGGAGAUCAUUUGAUGAACUGGGCUCUUGCUCACAAAAGCUUAUACAUCUAUGAUCCAGUUACUCUAUAAGGUACCUCUCUACCCUGUCUCUUUAAGUUCCUUGUUAGGGUUAAAUCUGUGGCAGCUACUGAUUUUUAUAAAAAAACAUUUGGUGAAUGACAAGCUGAUUUCUCAAGUAGCUCUUUGUAAUCCAGGCUAGGACCCAAACACUGAAUGGUAUAAAAACAUUGUAAUUAUGCUUCUAACAUAGAAAACUCAAAUGAAAAGGCCCUAGAAAUAGGGACCAGAACUGAUCUUCUGCAUAACAUUUCAAGAGCUGCUUUUAUGUUUCAGAUAUGUAUUUAUAUUGUAUUUAUUGAGUCUUAAAAGGCUUACUUACAAGACACUGUGAGUCACUAACUCACCAGCACUGUAUGAGAUAAAAAAUGAGAGUUCAUCCUAAUCAUUAAUCUAAUGGAAUUCAAUUCAAUCUUUAAAUACAAUUGUUAUCUAAAAAGAGAACCCAUGCACAUGUAAAACUUUGGGAUGAUAUUCAUAUUGUGUACAAAUGAUGACAUUUCAAGGUAAUAUCGGAAAUGCUUUUCAUGACUUCUAUUUUCAGGAGAUGUGUAAAAUUCAUAAUUGUUUAAAAUACCAAAUUCUUUUGAAGUAAUUGUUGUGACCUUAUGUGAGUCUCAGCACUGACCUCAAGAGGAGCUGGUUCAACCCCUUUGGUGAACUGUAAAAACUGUUAAAUCCCAUUCACCCAUUUCAGCUAAUUGAAGCUGUCUUACUUGAAGCUUGAAGUUGCUAAUUGAAAUUGUUAAAAAAACCUUGGAUCAAAUCAAAGUCAGUCAAUCAGUUCCCAGGCUUCAAGAUUCAACUACUGUACUUCCCAUACUAAUAGCAAGCAACAAGAAAAAGGAUAUGAGAAGGUAUAGUGCUUGUUGCUACAGAAACAAUAUGAAACCAAUCCAGAAAAGCAUUUAAGUGUACAUUUAAUUUUAGGCACAUGAAUGCUGGUGUUGCAUCAGGCUCAGUGGGAUUAUUUACAUGUUUAAAGUUAAAAAUUCAGGAGAGCUGUUUGCCUGCAGUUCUAUCUUCUGCAUAUUUUCACACAAUCCUGAAGGUUCAGACUCAGGGAGUAAUAAAUAAAUAGGAAAGAAACUAAGUAAGCCACUAAUUAUAAACAAAUCUUUAAAACACAGUGCCACUAUCCUAAUAGAUUUCUGGAAAGUUAUGCCAAGACAUGGGCAAGACAGCUAAACCUAUCAUGAGCCUGGCACCUAUGCACUUAGCAAUCAUAAAGCUAAAGUCUUUCUGUCCAGAGGCAGACAUUUAAGCAAAACUGGGAGAAACAUAAGGGCCUACAAACUUCAUACACCUCCAGGUCAGGUACAGACAGUCAAAAAACCCAAGGCUGAGUUGUUUCAAUCUUCACAGGUUAGUCUAAACUGCAAAGAUUGAACCAAUAAGCAAGUGAACAGACAUUCACUUUUGAUUCUAGCAAUGCAGCCACAUGCAUGCUAGCCGGCAGGCAGGCCCCACAGUGAAGAACCCUCAUGCCCCAGCCAGCCCCGUCAGUGUCUACAUGUGUGUUGUGGCACAUUAAAUAAUACUGUCAUAGGCUAAUACUUGUGUUGACACCUACGGAAGUGUCAUUUAUUAGCUUCCUGCAGCCUAAUAGGGCGACACUUGUAGAUGCUGAGACUUUACUGCAGAGCUAAUUAGUCUAUUCCCGCAGUAAACAUCUGGUGUAAGUACACCUGUUUCCUCAGCAGUCAGUGCAAUAUAAUUUAAUGACAUCUUUUACAAACCAUGGUUUUCAAACACAUGCUUGCACACCUGACUUAUUUCUUUGUAAUGACUUUUUGGACAUUACUAGACUUACCAUCAUACCCUGAACAAUCAGCACAUUUGCCUUCAUCCUUGUAGAAAAUAGGAUCCCUACCCCCAAAAAACUUAAUUAUGGAAUGCAUUCCCAGUGCGUUCAUUAUGAACAGCCACCGCAUCUUUCUAAAACAGUCUUUUUCUUUCAUUUCCCAGCAAUUCAAUAGCAUUGCAACUCAUCUUUCAUAUGAGAUUUCCUUUUCUUAGAGAUCCCUGGUUGCCAGGUCUUUGAAUAACAUUUUGCCACCUGAAAUGGUUGUAACGAACAAGCAGCUUGCACGUGGCAUGCUGAAUUUAAGGUAGCCAAAGCCAGGGAUUUUUUUCAAACACAGAAGAAGAAUACUGUGUUGAUGGAGAUGAAUGCAGAUUAAGUAUUUAAUGAAGAAAGUAUGUAGAAUGUGUAGUGUUGGUUAACUCAUAGUAAAGUUAGUCCAUGUUUCUGUAUAUUCAUAUUAGUCUCUAAAAAUGGAAACACAAGAAAGAUGUAUAAUUCUCUUCCAUCUCUUCCCUUACCUGAAAAAGAUGGUUCCUGUGUGAAAGGCAGAAUGAAACAGAAGCAGAGCUAGCAUUUUUGGCUCUCUGGGCAGAAGAACAGGGGUCAGAGCAGGCUCAGGUUUGGGUGCUAGAGAGCAGGGAAUGCUGAGCUGCUGUUCCUAUGGUACAUGUUGCCCAUGCAUUAGUAGGGGGUGCACGCAGGUGCAUGUGCACCCCCUGAGAUUGGCGGUACACCCCUGAGAUUGGUUGCCACCAAGGCUGCCAGUGGCGUCUGUGGGUGGUUGCCAUUCGCAACCUCCUCCCCUUGGCACCAACACUGCCAGUGGUGUAUGCGGGCAAUCGCCGAUUGCUGCUGGCUACUGCUGAUGCUGCUGGCAACAUCUGCGGACAGUCACCAACCGCCAGCUGGUGCUCACUACCCCACCCUCCCCUACCACCAACACUGCUGCAGCUGCCUGUGGAAGUUCCCCGCUUCCCACUGCUAUGACCCCGCCACCGCCACUGCCGCCACUGCCUGCGGGUGGACGCCAUGCCCCCCCAGCCUCAGGAGGCACGCAACGUUCAUGUCCACAUGAGCUGCCAUUCUCAUUCCCCUGGUACAUCAGUGCCCAGGGCUCCUGCCCCACAUACCCUGCCUUACAUAUGCUACUGGAACGAGAAGGAUCAAUUAAGGUACUAACAUUGUUGCUGAAUAUGACCUCAUAAUGCUGAUAUUGUCAUUAUGUUAUCUCUUUCAUUGGAUUACAAGACAUUAAUAUUGGGGAGCAACCCCUUAACUGAUUAUUCUACAUUUCUGACUUUAAAAAUGUUGGCUUUCAUGAGUUAACCUGAUUCAAGGCCCUAUUCAGCAAAGUACUCCAGAUCCUAUUCAAUAAAGAGUACAAUCAUAGUCCUGUUGACAUCAGAGUCAGUCAAGGGAUUCAAAACUUUAAAUGCUUUAAUGAAUCGAGGUGUAGGUUGUAGCCAUGUUGGUCUAAGGACAUAGGCAGACAAGGUUCUUUGGGUGAAUUUGAUAUCUUUUAUCCCUGAUCCUCAAGGGAAACUUACACAACACUUCCCAGAAACGAGCCUAUGAACUCCAUUUCAUCAGCCUCCUGGAUACUAGAGAUCAUGGACUAAAUAUAGACAUUGGAUUUUUGACACAUUAUAAUCUGCCUGGCAACUGACUCCCCAGCCCAGCCCCUGGCUUCUUUACUUUUCAUUCCAUCUAGGAAGAGCACACACCAACUGCUGAAACUUCCUUAGCCUUACGAAGGGUUUUUGAACCCAAAAGCUUGCUUAAUGAAUCAAGGCCUCUAAUGUGCUGAACUAAAUUCAGGCAUUCACAUGCUUAAAGAUAAAAGUGAAAGUUAACCAUGCACACAGGUGCUUUUCUGGGUCAUAGAACAUUGUAAGAGAAGAAUCAAGAUGGAUGCUUUUGUCAGACUAGAGUUUUUUAGUCAGUAUUAAGACUGAUGGUUCUGGCUGUGCAUUCACUAGCAUGAUAUGAAAUGGUAAUUUUACUUGGUAGUAUGACAGCUAAGAGAUCUCAUAGGUUUCAAAGACUGCAGCUCUUUCAGCCUGAUCUUUCUUUCUCAGGCAAAACUCUAAUCAGAGUCAAUACAAAAUUUGCCCAGUUUAGGAAUGCAGGAUUGGACCCUCUAGUUGCCUGACGGUUACAUUUCUUCUUCGGCAUUUUCUUUGUGUUUAAAAAUGGGAACAAAUGGCUCUAAUGCUAAUUCAUGAUUUUGCCCUUAGAAAGGGCAUGCAUAAUUGUUAAACAUAUUCCUGAGAGCUAUAAAAAUGCUGAUCAACGAAUUAAGUAAACAUAUACAGUGAUGGUUUGAACUCUUGGUGUAAUGCAUGUUAUAAUGCUGUAAUUUCAUAGGGAUCAUUGGAACCUCAUUAGAGAUAUUACAUCACAACUUCCAUGUUGGAAUUAUUUAAUUACUUUAUUGGUAAGUUGGGAACCUUGUGUUUGUCGCUGUGUUCUCUGUACAAUUAUCUCAAGCCAAAAUUCUGUGUAGAAGGGGCAUCCAGGCCAUCGGAAAUGUAGAACAGAGCUUUUCACCUCUAGGUUACCAGUUUAAAUUAAGGUGAGAUUGGUACUGUCAGCUGUUUGGCAUGAUAUGGUGAUCUCAGUCCAGUUUCUAGUAGAUUGUCACAAAAACCUUCACACAAUUAGCACCACCUGUAGUUGUAACCAGGAAGCCAAGGACUGAACAGAAAAUCUGCCCUCUCACCCUACAGCUUCCCCCCCC